UGCCCACAACCUGCAUCUCUUGGGACUAGUGGAAACCAACCAGCUCCAAAGAUCUAUAUACCGCCAUCUACAGUACAGGAGUAUGAGGAGUGCAUUUUACUCCAUUACCUCUCAUUUACUGUGUUUCUCCAACGCUGACACUUCAAGACAGCUUUGACUACUGCAUAAGCUGAAGUCUUCGCAGAGGGACAAGGUACGGCAGUUCAUGUCCUUUACCCAAGCUGGGGAGAAGACAGCUGUGUACUGCCUCACACAGAAUGACUGGAAACUAGAAGUUGCUACUGACAACUACUUUCAGAACCCAGAUCUUUACUGUAAGGAAUCCAUGAAAACCUCAGUAGACCGGAAGAAGCUGGAGCAGCUCUACAAUCGCUACAAAGAUCCCCAGGAUGAGAAUAAGAUUGGUAUCGAUGGGAUUCAGCAGUUUUGUGAUGACCUCUCACUGGAUCCAGCUAGCAUCACUGUGCUGGUUGUUGCAUGGAAGUUUCGUGCUGCCACUCAGUGCGAAUUCACCAAGAAGGAAUUUUUGGAUGGAAUGACCGAGCUAGGGUGUGACAGCCCAGAAAAACUGAAGGCCCUUUUGCCAAGAUUAGAGCAAGAGCUAAAAGAUAGUGGGAAGUUCAAGGACUUCUACCAGUUCACCUUUAACUUUGCCAAAAAUCCUGGACAGAAGGGUCUAGACUUGGAGAUGGCUGUAGCCUACUGGAACCUGGUUCUUUCAGGGCGAUUUAAGUUCCUCGAUCUUUGGAAUAGAUUCCUUUUGGAACACCAUAAACGAUCCAUCCCAAAGGACACAUGGAACCUAUUGUUGGACUUCGGUAACAUGAUUGCAGAUGACAUGUCAAACUAUGAUGAAGAAGGAGCAUGGCCAGUCCUUAUAGAUGAUUUUGUGGAAUUCGCUCGACCAAUUGUAACAGGAUCAAAACGUAAAACUCUCUAAAUCCAAUCACAACUCUGGAAAGCCAGAACGUUGUUUCUUUUACAGUGACUUCAUAGUUUUUUUUAAGACUUGUACAAAAAAGUGAAAAUUGUAGGCUUCAGAGGGAAAACAGAAGCACUUGAAACUGUCAGGAAACCACCUUUCAGGGAGCUGAGUAAAAACUAUGAGAACAUCUGGCCACAUUUUUUGUCCUCGUGAGACUGAGGCGUCAUAUGGACAUUGCCAGAUUCACCUCUGUCUCUCCUGCUGGAUUCUCAGUAUCCUGGACACCCCUCUGCUCUGCUCCAGGAGGAGCACUACCUAUCAGGCCACAGCCCUGUAAGUGGGGAUGGACACAGCACUGAGAGGAGGGUCGCUGGCUGUGUGUACUCUAAUGGACUGGAGAGGAGAAAGCAGUGUGUUUUAAGAUACUUCCUAGUCAGCAUUGUUUUGUUAUAUGAAGCUCUGAGUGACUGUGCAAAGUUCCCAUGUCUUACUCUAACUUCGGGACAUAGUGCUCACUACACCAGCACCAACAGAACUGUUGCAGUUUUUACUGUACAUACUGUAUCUAUUGGGACAGUUUACAAAGAGAGCUAUAUGAAGAAUAAUAUAAAUAUGUUGAAUUUAUAAAUGCAAAAGAUGAUUUCUUUUAUGUACAGGAAAUGCUAAGAUCUCUAAUGGGAUGCCUCAAUAUUGUGGAUGAUAUGCUGUUGGUUUAAAUGUUAGGUGGAUCUGUCAAGUCAUGGAAUUGUGAGCUUCUCAUUGAAAGCAUGUUAAAUACAUUUUACUUCACUUCGGGCUGGUUUCACAAAUAAAUUUUCACUGAAGUAAAGGCAGUGCUUUAAUUUAGAUAAUUGAUAUUGGUUUGUGGUAUUCAUUUGUCUGGAUAAUUGCAGUUGGGAGUGGGUCUUGAAUCCUAAAUGUAAUCAGUCCUAUCCACAGUACCAGGAUUUUGCUUUCAAAGAUAAUUUCUUUCAAACUGUUGAGGAAAGGGUUUUUUUUAUCAGUUAAUCCCUCAGAGCAGUUUGUUCAGCAGCAGUUAAUAGAAAUUUAAAGUUAUGACAUUACAGGCCCUUAGGAUUGCAUGGCACAUAUCUGUAUGUUAUGGCAGUGCGAAGCCCUUUGUUCAGAGGCCAGGACACUAAAGAGGGCAACAACAGGACAACAAAGUAAGCCUUAAGAAAAAAUACCUGUCUGUUCAAUAUUUAUGUUUCUGUUCAAGCCCAUCUGUUCAGUGUUACUGAAGGUAGUGAAAAUUAGAAUAUAUUGUUGAUACAUCAUGUAAGUAGCCUAAGUAUAUUGUUCAUUUAAGAAAGAUGAAUAAAGCAUGAGUUUUUCCAUAAUCAUACAUGUAUUUAACUCCUUUGUUGCUGAGAAGAUAGAUAAUGGACACGCUCUAUAUCACAUUUAUAUAGUACAGCUGAUUAGACAUGAGUGUAUUUCAAAAAGCAGAAGUAGAAUGAUGGCAAGACAACUGUGACAAAUACUAUGUUAACUUUUUCACAGACGACAUUUUGACAUGACAGUAUGAAAAGCAGAUGUAAAUAAUAAAAUGAA